AAACCGCCGGUUAUCAUUGAUAAACUUCAGAAUAUUGUGUCUCAUUGAGCCAACUACAUCCUUAGAUUCGCAAGUUCUUCCUUAAUUUCGAAUUAAUUUUAAAGCCGAAUUGGCAGUUGGUAGUGGUGUUGUAUUUGGUUUCUUAAACGUCUGAGAAUUAAGAAAAAAAAAUGAGCAUUUAUUAGUUCAACAUUUAAAGCAACAUAAAUGCCUUCCAAGGAUUUCGUUUUCGAAAGUGUUUUUUAUUAUUUUUUAUUUGGGUUUCAAAUGUGUCUUGCUCUUUGGUAACUUUGCUUGUCGGUUUUAAUGAAAUAAGAUAAGAUAGCAUUUUUCUAUCAUAAAAGUUCCAAAAUGUCACUUUUGCUUUUAUGUAUUUAUACUCGUUUUUUUAGUGGAAUUUAAUUUUAUCGAUUUUCCACUAGCUAAGACAGUUUUCCCCUUUUCUCUCCUUCGGUAGAAUUCAACUUAUAGUUCAGUUAAAAAACAUAAACAAUAACAAACAAUUUUCAAAAUAAGAACGAACUAUGAUGGCAGUUAAGUUUUGAAAUAGUUUUCGAAAGGAGUUGACAUUCUGAGUGUAAACAAAGGCGGAUAAAGUGACACAUUGACGUAUUGUUUUGGAAUAAAUGAUGACUCGUUACAAACAUGCGGAUUUUCAAGAUGACGACACAAGUUCAACCGGAGCAAUUCAGUUGACAGAAAGCAAUUCUAGUUCUGGAUAUCAUUUACGUUAUCAUACUUCCAGGGCAACUUCCAAAUGGCGAUCUCGAAACAAGUUAGAACGGUGUCUUAUUAUAACAACAGGUCUUAUGGCGGCAACAAUUCUUGUGCUCAUAACAUUAAUUGUAGUCCAUUCGCAUGACAAUACAACUCGUAUUCUACACGUCCAACCACACAAUACAAAAACAUUUUUCCAUCAAAUAGUUCCGCAAACCUCACCACCUAAACUGAGGCAACUUCUUCCAGUGGUUGCUGAAAAUAGGAAACCUUUUUCAAAGAAUAAAACGACUGUGGAAAAACAGCUAGUGGAUGACAUACCACUAGUUUCCUCUUCUACUGCGUCGUCAUCUCCAUCACCGUCGGCAGGACCCUGCCUCAACAAGUAUUGCAUUUUUGCGGCAAGCGACAUACUUAAGUCUUUGGAUAUGACAAUAGAUCCUUGUGAGGAUUUUUAUGGAUUUGCCUGUAAUCAAUGGAUACGAAAAAAUCCACUGCCAGAUGGCAAAUCAGUUUGGGGGACCUUUGGCAAAUUAGAAAUGCGAAAUCAAAUGGUUAUAAGGAAUAUUUUAGAAAAACCAUUCAGUUAUUUUAAAUCAGAAGCAGAAAAAAAAGCUAAACUUUACUACCAAUCUUGCAUGGAUGAAGAUGAAUAUAUGGACAAACUAGGCGGAGAACCAAUGUUAGACUUUAUACGUGAGGUUGGUGGUUGGAAUAUAUCAACGCAUGACUUUCGAAUUGAUAAAUGGUCUAUGGAGUUAACAUUAAAAAUGUUACAAAACAGGUACAAUAUGGGUGGAUUUUUUUCUUGGGCCAUCGGCGAGGAUGACAAAAAUUCGUCUAAUCAUGUAAUUCAAAUCGACCAGGGGGGCUUAGCUUUGCCAACUCGGGAACAUUAUUUAAAUACAACUAUUCAUGAGAAAGUACGCAUAGCUUACUUGGAAUAUAUGACGAAAAUUGGAGUGCUGUUGGGGGGUGAAGAGACCAAUGUCAGACAGCAGAUGAAGGAUGUUCUUGAAUUUGAAACCCAAAUUGCAAGUAUAACAGCUCCAGCUGAAGAACGUCGAAACGAAGAAGCAAUGUACCAUUUUAUGUCAUUGCGUGAAGUCGAUGCAAUGGCUCCAUUUAUAAAUUUCACUGCACAUUUCGCUGAUGCCCUUCAAACAAUUGGUAGGAAAAUAACUCAAGACGAGCGAGUUAUUGUUUAUGCACCGGAAUUUUUAAAAAAUUUAUCAACACUCGUUCAGGAAUACCAAAAAACGGAGAAAGGAAGAAUUGCCCUUAAUAACUACCUUGUCUGGCAAGGAGUCCGCACACUUACAACUUGCCUCUCGAAACCAUUCCGUGAUGCUUACAAGGGUGUUCGCAAGGCAUUGCUCGGCUCCGAUGGAACAGAAGAAACCUGGCGCUAUUGUGUAAGCGAUACUAAUAACGUGAUUGGCUUUGCUGUCGGUGCAAUUUUCGUACGCGAAACUUUUCAAGGUGACGCCAAACCUCAAGCUGAAAAAAUGAUCGACGAGGUGCGAGACGCUUUCAAAAAGAAUCUUCGCAACAUCCCUUGGAUGGAUGUCAAGACGCGAAAAAAAGCCGAAGAAAAGGCCGAUGCAAUUACCGACAUGAUUGGAUUCCCCGAAUAUAUUUUAAACACCACCCAGUUAGAUGAAAAGUACAAGGAUUUGCAUUUGAAUUCCACCGAAUACUUUAAUAAUAAUUUACGAAUAAAUCAGUUCAAUUUGAAGAAAAACCUCGAGAAGCUAGAUACACCAGUAAAUAAGAGUGGUUGGGGAAUGACUCCGUCCACAGUGAAUGCCUAUUAUACACCGACGAAAAAUCAAAUUGUUUUUCCCGCUGGAAUUUUGCAGAAACCAUUUUACGAUGUAAAUAAUCCGAAAAGCUUCAAUUAUGGUGCUAUGGGGGUGGUGAUGGGUCACGAAUUGACACAUGCAUUCGACGACCAAGGCAGAGAGUAUGAUAAGUAUGGGAAUUUGAAUAAAUGGUGGGAGCCGAAGAGUAUUGAGAGAUUUGUCGAACAGACUGAUUGUAUAAUAAAGCAGUAUGGUGAUUUUGAAGUUAUCGGUAUGAACUUGAAUGGCAAGCAAACUGUGGGGGAAAACAUUGCUGACAAUGGUGGGCUUAAGGCCGCUUUUAAUGCCUACAUCAGUUCAAAAAAUGAAAAAGAGGCUGAUUAUUUAUCCCUUCCAGGCUUAAAUUUAACCCAUCGACAGCUGUUUUUUGUUUCAUUUGCUCAAGUUUGGUGCUCAGCGAUUACAGACGAAGCUGCGACUUUACAAAUAGAAAAGGAUCCACAUGCCCCACCAGAAUAUCGUGUCAUUGGUCCCUUAUCGAAUUUAAAAGAAUUUUCCAAAGAAUUUAAGUGUCCACUAGGAUCACGGAUGAACCCACGGAAAAAAUGUGAAGUUUGGUAAACAAACGAAAACAAAAAUCAAAAAUAUCAAAAUAUAAAUCUAUAUAUGUAGGUAUAUUAAAAAAAAUGACCAUUUAUUUAGAAUUUCAACUACUAAUAGAAUAUAUACAAACAAAAUUGAUUAUUCAUUAAAAAAAAAAACUAUGAGAAAAGGAAAACCUCAUUUUUAAUUGUGUAUCCAUUUGUCGAAUUAAAACCUAAUAAUAAUAACAUCAACAUUAAGCAAACUAGAAAAAGAGGCGUACUAUGAAUGUAUCACGCACAAAUAGAUGUUUAUGUGUACAGGUAUAUAAAUUAUGUGUGUGUUGAUGUAAAAAAAAAAAUAUGAAAAGUUUUAAAGAUUUAUAAAACUAUACAAAAAUAAAAAAUGAACCAAAGAAUAAAGAGAUUUUCGAACAAAAUUAUUUUUAUAUUUAAAAACAUAAAUUUAUUUUUGUUAUUAUAAUGAUUUUAAUAUUUCAAAACGAUUGUAUUAAGAACAAAAAAGAGCUAACUUAUAUAAGAACUAUAUUAUUAAAAAUAAUGUAUAAUGUUAAAUAAUUCAUAAUUAACAUGAAUCAUACCGAUUAUGGAAUACGCAGCAUUUAAGUUUGGCGAGUCAGAGACUUCUUGCAUCUUUGUAUGAUUAAAGCUAGCGGAACAACAUGCAUCAAUUGAAAAACGCAUUUUCUAUAAAAAAAAUUUAAACCAAAAAAUACAGAAAUCGUUGCAAGAUAAGUUUGAAACUGUCAUAACUAAUUAACGAUUUUUUGACUGCAAAUUUGGUUAACUUUGAUGACUUUAUAAAAAUUAUCUAAAUUUCAUUGAUCUCCGGGAUCAUUUAACUUCGAAAAUCCCUCAGUGGGUACAAAAUCUACUUUAGUAAAAAGACCUUAGUUCCGUGCCUUAUGGGAACUCAACUCGGAACCCUGUGAAUUUAAAAUAUGUUAACACUUUUUUGUGGCCAAAAUAAGAAGUUAGGGCCCCCGAAAGUCAUGGGGGUCGUCCGAAAUGAGGCAUGUUGCCCGCUUGAAACACCCCGCUCGGGCACAGUUAGGUGCUAUAACUCAUGCAUAUAUAACUCAUUGUAAAUUAACUUUCGGGAGCCCUCACUUCAUACAUAUAAAGGUUUACCCAUUCAUAUUUAUUUUGGCCACAAAUAAGUGGGAAUAAAUGUCAAGUUCAGAGGUAGUUAUUUUCAAAUUCACAGGGUUCGGAAUUAGAUUCCAACAAAAGCACGGGAAGUAAGGCCACUUUAAUAAAGUAUAUUUUUUUUUUUGUAGUUUUCCACAUCCAAAAAACCGUUCCUAUUAGUAGGUGUGAAGAAAUGUUUGCCUCAAUUUUAUUAAACUAUUUGCUAAGUUACUAAAUAAUCAAACCAUAGCUAAGUACCUUAAGAAAAAAUGUAAAAACUUGUCAUAUUGAUUGAGUGUUUUUUUCCAUAAUAAGUUUAAAUUAGUUUUGUAAGCUUGUAAGCAUACUAAGUAUAUCUUGAAGCCAUUUUGCACAAGAAACUUGACCCUUAUUUUGAAGGCUAAUUCGCAAUGCGUGUCCCAUUGUUAGCAAGGCAGCAAAAAUGACAUAAACAAAACAUGGAAUAUUUAUACACAUAUGAGAAAAGUCUGACUCCUGUCACCGUUCCGCCGAAUUCAAUAAUCGGGCUGGUGUGGUUAUUUUUUUUAAAUACAGUUUAUACUUUGCUUUAUUUCAUUAAAAAACCAAUAGAGGGGUUAUAGGCUAUGGAUUUAAUUUUUUGUGAUGAAAUUUUUGUUGAAUAAGAUGCUUAGAUUAUACAAGCUUAUUUUUGUAUGAAAAAAAAGUUGACAAAAAAAAAAAAAAAUUAUACUACUUUAAAUUUUUGAAGAAAAAUUUUACAAUGUGUGUAGUUGUAUAUUUGAAUAAAAAAGAAAAAACUAUUGAUUAUAAUAAUAAUAAGAAGAACAUACAAAUCUUUAUACCUAUUUUCAACUUUCUUUAAGAUAAAAAAAUUAUCAACACUUUUUUGAAAAAUGUU